AUGACCCCGGAAUUCGAUAAUCAUCCGCUCGAGCACUUUGACGCCGUGGCUCAGUCAUACGAGAAGAGCACUGGAGGUUGCACCAGAGAGCUUGCAGAGAGAUUUGUUCCUCUCCUCAACAUCACCAGCGACUCCGUCGUCCUCGACAACGCCUGCGGUACAGGAAUCGUCACCGAUGUGCUUCUUCAAAAGUUCGGAGACAAGAAGUUGCCCGAAAUCCACGCAGUUGAUGGAGCCCCCAAAAUGGUAGAGAUUUCAGAAGCCAGAUUUGUUUCCAACAACAGGGUCCGAUCUGCCGUCAUGCCUGGCGAAAACCUGGACUUUCCAGAUUCAACUUUCACUCACUCUAUCACCAACCUCGGUUUUCUCUUCUUCGACGACGCUUCCAAGGCCGCAGCUGAGGUGUGGAGGACCUUGAAACCCGGAGGUAUCGCCGUGGUGACGAACUGGAAAGAGCUCGGCUAUCUGCCUGUCCUCCGAAAGCUUCAACAAGAAAUUCGCCCUGAGGAGGAACCAUUCAACGUACCUAUCGAGCCAGAGUGGUUCGAGCCGCAUCAUACCGAGAAGAUUCUGAGAUCUGCCGGUUUUCAAGAUGUUGGUAUCCAGGAAAUGGUGGCACACUGGGGUGCUGAGAGUUUAGAUGAGGUCUCUUCUUCUGUCGUUCAAAUGUUUGGCCCUGCGGUGUUCAGAGACUGGAGCGACGGUGACAGGAAGAAGGCAAUGGAGAUGGUGCCUUCAAUUUUGAAAGACACUGCCGUUUCGUUGACUAGGAACGGAACGGACUGCGUUGGAGUUGAGAUGAAGGCUAUCGUUGCUAUUUGUAAGAAAUAG